CAAGGCUGGUCUCAAGCCUGUCUUUGCUCCUUGUUUGGGAAGCGAGUGGGAGGGGAACAGGCCGGGGGGCUAUAUAACCCUUCAGCGUUCCACUGCCUUGACACCACCCGGAGCAGAGAAGCCCAGCUGAGCACUGUCAGGGACGCUUGGAAGUCGCCACAGGCAGGAUGUUGUGAGGAGGAGGACAGCACCGCCCUGGUGUGUGACAAUGGCUCUGGGCUCUGCAAGGCCGGCUUCGCGGGGGACGACGCUCCCAGGGCCGUGUUCCCAUCCAUCGUGGGCCGCCCCAGACACCAGGGGGUGAUGGUGGGAAUGGGACAGAAAGACAGCUAUGUGGGCGAUGAGGCGCAGAGCAAACGGGGCAUCCUGACCCUCAAGUACCCCAUAGAACACGGCAUCAUCACCAACUGGGACGACAUGGAGAAGAUCUGGCACCACUCCUUCUACAACGAGCUCCGCGUAGCUCCUGAGGAACAUCCGACCCUGCUCACUGAGGCGCCCCUGAACCCCAAGGCCAACCGGGAGAAGAUGACCCAGAUCAUGUUUGAGACGUUCAAUGUCCCUGCCAUGUACGUGGCCAUCCAGGCAGUGCUGUCCCUCUAUGCCUCGGGGCGCACAACAGGCAUCGUGCUGGACUCUGGAGAUGGCGUCACCCACAAUGUGCCCAUCUAUGAGGGCUAUGCCCUGCCCCACGCCAUCAUGCGCCUUGACCUGGCUGGCCGAGAUCUCACCGACUACCUCAUGAAGAUCCUGACCGAGCGGGGCUAUUCUUUUGUGACCACAGCUGAACGUGAGAUCGUCCGGGACAUCAAGGAGAAGCUGUGCUAUGUAGCUCUGGACUUCGAGAAUGAGAUGGCCACAGCCGCGUCCUCCUCAUCCCUGGAGAAGAGCUACGAGCUUCCCGACGGGCAGGUGAUCACCAUCGGGAAUGAGCGCUUCCGCUGCCCAGAGACCCUGUUCCAACCAUCCUUCAUCGGCAUGGAGUCUGCGGGCAUCCACGAGACCACCUACAACAGCAUCAUGAAGUGUGACAUCGACAUCAGGAAGGACCUAUACGCCAACAACGUCCUGUCGGGAGGUACCACCAUGUACCCAGGCAUCGCCGACCGGAUGCAGAAGGAGAUCACGGCGCUGGCACCCAGCACCAUGAAGAUCAAGAUCAUCGCCCCUCCAGAGCGCAAGUACUCCGUGUGGAUAGGCGGCUCCAUCCUGGCCUCCCUGUCCACCUUCCAGCAGAUGUGGAUCAGCAAGCAGGAGUACGACGAGGCAGGGCCUUCCAUUGUGCACCGCAAGUGCUUCUAGUGACGCCGUCCUGCUUCCGGCCGGCCUGGAUGAAGGGCAGCUGAGAAUGCCCUGGCGCAAGGCCUCCAGUUCUCUUCCUAGUCAUUCCUAGUCACAGCUCCGACGCAUUCCCUGUGUUCUGUCUUUGUCUCUUUCUUCUUCUUCUUCUUCUUUUUUUUAAAAAUAAAUCUGAACUAAGUUACCAGUAAGCUCUCCCCUUGGCCUCUUCUCAGUACCAAGCUCAGCACCUAAUUUCACCAUGUUAACUUCAUUCCUUAUUGUGGAACCUUCUAGUGGUGCAGCUGAGGCUAGACCACAGGCAGGAAGUGUAUGUCCCUUAGAAAAGGAAACAUUAAAAAGAAAAAUCAAGGGGUGGGGUGGUGCACCCAGUGUAGUGCACAUUACGGUAAGAAGCUCAAAGACCCGUGUGUGGAUCUGGGUUUGAGCCCUUGGCUCCUCACCUGAAAGGGGCGAGUUUCACAAGUGGUGAAGCUGGGCUGCAGGUGUCUCUCUGUCUCUCUUCCUCUCUCCAUCUCCCCCUGCCCUCUCAAUUUUUCUGUCCUAUCCAAUAAAGUGGAAAAAAAAAAAAAA